UGGGCCCUGGGGAUCUGAUAGGGCAUGUUAAUGGGUGGAACCCUAACUGUGGAGGCCCAUAAUGGGUGGAGCCCUAACUGUGCUUGCUUUUAUCCAUUUCUCCACUCUUCGGCAAAGUUUAUCCUCUUGCCCACCGUCCUGCUUCUCUCUGGAUUGGUCAAUAGAGUGCUUUUAUUAAACAUGCCGGAAACUACCACUGUUGCGGCCGCUGAUGAAACCCAGGACAAGCUUGAGGAGAUCGACGAGCCCGUGGUCGAGGACGUGAAAGAAGAAGACGACCACGAGGAUGACGCUGAAGACUCGGACGACGAAGACGACGAUGACAAGGAAGAUGCUGCUCAAGGUGCAAAUGAAAGUUCAAAACAGAGUAGAAGUGAAAAGAAAAGUCGCAAAGCUAUGCUGAAGCUGAACAUGAAACCUAUUACUGGUGUUAGCAGAGUCACCAUUAAGAGAACCAAAAAUAUUUUGUUUUUUAUCAACAAACCUGAUGUCUUCAAAAGUCCGAACUCUGAGACCUAUGUCAUCUUUGGAGAAGCAAAGAUUGAGGACUUGAGCUCGCAGCUGCAGACACAAGCUGCCCAGCAGUUCAGGAUGCCGGAUGUGGGGUCUGUGGUGGCAAAACCAGAUACUUCCGCUACACCGUCUGCAGCACAGGCAGACGAUGAAGAGGAAGAGAUUGAUGAAACAGGAGUGGAGCCUCGUGACAUUGAUUUGGUGAUGACGCAGGCAGGUGUAUCUAAGAGCAAAGCAGUGAAGGCUCUCAAGACUCAUGAGGGAGACAUUGUUAGUGCUAUCAUGGAGCUCACCACCUAAGUAGGCUGUAUGUUCUACCUUUGGAUGACUUGCUAUAUUGGUACUUGAAAAUGCUGUUCAAGCCCCCCCUAUAUGCUAUGUGUUGAUCUCCAACAGUUGGAUUGAAUCUCCCCAUCAGUUCCUGUGAAAACCCCGAUGCGACAGCACGUCUGCAUGGUAACUCGGGUCCAACAGGGCCGGGCUAAUGAUCAUUUGAAGCCCCAGGGGACCUCUCGGACACUGCUGCUUCAACUGGAGUGUAAACAGGUUAUUGUUGAAUGGAACUUUUUGCUGCUGUGUAUAUAGAACAGUAGUAGUUGAAGCAGCUUCACAUGUCAUGUUACCCAGAAGUGCAACCAUUUCUUGCGGAUUUAGGCCUUUGCAGCGAAGGUCUGGCGACUCUGGCCCGAGUGAUCUGAUCUAGGUUAUUGGAGGGAGCAGGUAUUUGGUGGUCUCCAAAGCGCUCAAAACCCUUCCGGCAGGACCCUCCCACGGGAAACCCCUCGUCCGAAUACCACCCAACAAAGCCAUUGUUCAGAUCAAACAUCAAAGAGGGUAAAGCCAUGCCUUCUUGUUUUGUGGUUGACUGCAUAGAGGAAGAAGGAAGAAGAUGACAAAAUGGAAAAUGCGUGCGAUUUGGUUACAAUUUCGACAGAAUCUCUUGCGGCAAAGGCGAAGAGACCAUGACUGGCGUCCGAUGGCAACACUUUGUAAUGAAAAUUUUUCUGCAGAAGCAGCAACAGGUUGCGGCCUUGCGGGUAUGAAUGGAGUUGGAAGUUGAUUAUCACCACUUUAACACUUUUUUACUUGCUUCUAUGACUUAACCUUUCUUCCAACCACUUAUAAGAAUACUUUCUAUAGAAAUUUAGAUAAUUUUACACUGGUAGUAUC